AUGCAGUCUUUGUUACAUUUAGAUGAUGAGGAUGAAGCUAUGAUUGUUGGAAUCUGUGGUCCUGCAGGCAAGGGAAGCAGUAAUAAUGGUCUUGAUGAGUAUGGUUUGAAGCUCUGUCUACAAGAGCAGCUUCUUUCCAAGAUUUUAAACCAAAAUGGUAUGGAUAUACCAUUUACGUGCGAUACCAGAAAGGCUAUGCGACCAGAAAGUCUUAUCAUUCUUGAUGAUGUGGACGAUCUGCAGCAACUUGAGGCUUUGGCUGAUGAAACUAACUGGUUUGGUCCUGGAAGCAGGAUUAUCGUAAUCACAGAAGAUCAAGAGCUUUUGGAGCAACAUGGUAUCGAUACACAUACCAUGUGGAUUUUCCAACUGACGAAGAAGCUCGUAAGAUCUUUUGUAGAUAUGCUUUUAGACGGAGCUUAG